UAAGCAGUUGAAUCCGCCGUGAAAAGGAAGGGCGGAAAGAAGUAAGAAAGCAAGAAAGAAAGCAGAGAGAGAGAGAGAGAGCUAUCUCUCAACAACACAAAUUGUGACAACCCGCCGCACCGAUAGACAGACAGAGCAAUGGAGUGGAGUGAGUAGAAUCCACCCACCACCGCCCUCUUUCUUCCUUCCUUCCUUUUCUCUACAAAAACGCAAAACAGAAACCCCUCUCCCCUCUAUCUUUCCUAAUUCUCCCCCAGCUCGCUCGCUCGGGAUCUCCGAUCCCUAAAAAAUCAAAAAUGGCAGCGGUGACAACCUCCUCCGCCAACAUUAACAACAACAACCCCUGCGGCGGCGGCUUCUUCAACUUUCGCUCCAAUUCCACCGCCAGCAGAGGAGUCCGCCACCACCACUCCCACGCCGCCUCUUGCAGCAAGCUCGACGGCGUCGCCAUGUGGCUCGUCAACGGCGUCGCCGCCGCCUUCUUCGCCUCCUUGGACAGCUGCUCCUGCAUCCGGAUCGCCACCGUCGACGACGAUGCCGAAGACGCCAACGACGCCCCACUCAUUCUCAACGACGCCAGCAUCACCCCGCCGCCCAGGAGGAGGACCAGAGCCAAGAAGCAGGCCGCUAUGUUGUAUGCCGCUUUCUAACUAAUUCAUUUACCAAAACAAAUUUCACUUUAAGAAAAGAAAAAAAAUUUAAUGUUUUUGUUUUACUUUUUGGGGAUGAUGAUAUAUAGAUGAGCAGAAUUCUGGCGAAAAGAUGAACAGAAUUUCUGAAAAAUGUUCCGUAUAAAUUAAGCUUUAUCCGCCAUGUAAUUGUUAAUUAAUGGCGGUAUUUACAAUCUGAGAUCUUCUGUCUAACUAUACCCAAAGCACCAAUCUUUUUCUUUUCUUCUUCAUUUUCCUUGUUCUCUAUUUCUAUUAUAUUGUUGGUAGAUUAAAAUUUAAAUGUGCGGCCUAUAUGGAAUUAUUCAUGUAUGGUCAUGAUACGAUCAUACGAGACGAACAGAAAGGGCAGAAACGUCGAUGAUUCGGAUAGAUCUAAUUCUUUUUCCUGACAUCAAUUCCUAGAUCUAUAUAUAUGUUGUUGUAUAUAUGGGACAUUGUUUUUAUACAAAAUAUUUCAAUCUAAAUUAAGAAACAUAUGGAUUUCAU